UUGGAUUGUUAGUUCUGUACAGCACCCCGUUGCGUGUGAUUGUAGUGAAGUGUGUCGAUCGUUUAGAAUUAUGCCAUUAGCUGAUAUUUGUUGGAAGUUGUUGCUGUUCCCGUGGAUUGCUAAAUUUGGUCAAUGGAAGGAGAUUUGCUGGCUUCAAUUUCAGACGACAACUCCGUUUCCUUUUAUCACGUUGCCAAACGGAUACACCUUUCCUUCCACAACCACGACGCCAUCGUUCACAUUCAUUCCGCUUACAACAGCACCCGUGAACGCUAGCACCGGAACAACUGCGUUAACCACAGUCACAUCGGUUCCAUCCAAUACCACAACGACUGCCCAAAAUACAUCGAUCAGCACUACUACUACGUUUUCCACGCUGACAUCUACAACAUUUCAGACGACACAAUCUACUGGCACUGCAACAACUGUGACAUCACCGAUAUCUUCAACAUUGUUUACCUCACCCUUAACAAGUACGACCUUUGCUACCACCAGUGGAACUACCGUCAGUGUAUCUCCAACAACUCAAACCAUUCCAACGCCACCCUUAACGUCGACGCCAGGUUCUUCGCUUUUUCCAACAGUAACGUUCACUACACCUUUUCCCACAAGCACAAUCUCUAGUGGAACUUUAACAACAUUACCUCCAAUUACCACAGUGUCUAAUAUAUCACCUCUGCCAACUUUUCCCACUUUCUUGUCCACACUGUAUCCACCUACAACGCCAGGUACCGUUUCUACCACAGCAACAGUUUGUGCACCUGUACCAUCAACGUGUCCUCCGACCAUUAGCGUUACCCCAGUAGCAGCAGCCAUUGAUCCUCGACUAUUGCCUCGACAGCUACCCAACGGCUGCCCUUGCAUAGAUAUCAGACAGCAGAGCUAUGUUUAAAUAUUUUUCGAUAGUUUAGGUAUCUAGUCAAGACAGUUCACUCUAUCAUUAGUCAUCCUCACACGUACUUCACAAUGAUGCGUUUCCCCAAAAUACUUAGAUGAUGCUUGUUCAACUCCU